GCCCACGCCGCAAGCGCAAUCUCCGCCUUUCCAUCCUCGCUCAAACACGGCAACGGCCUAUGCAACGACGUCAAGACUCCGGGGCGGGGAAGUGGGUGGUGCGCUACGGGCACCGUAUUACCGCCUGUGGAUGUCGAGGACGAGGAGGCAAGGGGAGAGGGCGUGGUGUUUGGAGGAUGUGGGGGAGGGGCGUGGUGUUUUGGGAUGGAUGGGUUUCUUGGCUCAUGCGUGGGAAGAGUAUGAUGGUCUGGGACGUAAGUGUUUCUUGGCUGGUGCGGUGUGGGAGCGUAAUGCUCGGGCAUGUAGCUGUGUCUUUCCUGAUAUGGGGGAAGAGGAUGAUGCGAGGGAAGAGCGUGAUACUCAGGGACACAUAACUAAAAACUUAAGAGAAAAUGUGUGUGUUGCGCGCGCGACAUGCCAAGAGUUGCGCUUAAAAAGUUACGGACGGAUGGAUCAUCCCUUGGGAUAUAGACAGGGGCGCAACGUGUGCAGCGUCUUGAGCACCCUUCCACACUACGGCUAUUUUUGGUACCAGGAAGAAAAAUGGGCCGGACCACAACCAGCGCAGUGUAUUUAUGUCUGCUAUCAUUAUGAGACACGAACGAUCCUACGAGCAACAGACAUCGAGCGCAUCAUCUCCGAGAUAGACUCCUGUCGAGAACGAGGGGCUGGUAGAGGAAAACAUGAACUUGGCGCAGCAGAUCCGCAUGUAUCAACGCUCGCAGCUACUGCGGAGAACGGACUCGAAUUCCUCGGCGUGAAUCCAUUAGAUUUAGCUGGAUAUGAAUAA